UUACCAUGGUUACACACACACACACACACACACACGUGUCCACACUAGAUGCACAGUGCAGGAUGUCUAGCAGCUACUACAAUCGUCAGUGGCACUCUGCUCAAGAAGUGCUGACAUCAUUGGUUGAUAUCGAGGUACCAAAAGAGCCUCCGAAAAAACCAGAAAAAGACAAGUUCAAUGCAUUCCAGAAGUAUGCCACGAUGUACAUCAAGUACAUUCUCUCGUUUCGUAAGCUAGAGGAGUGCUAUGAUCAGAUGGUCCACCCUCAGAAGAGGAGGCAUGUCAGGCAUAUACUAGAUGGCACUAUAGGACGGAUACUGGAGAUGAAGAAUGAGAUGGUGAAUCUUGAACUGCUGGAAUUCCACUACUUUGAUGACAUCCUAACAGACAUGAAGCUAACUCCAAGUGAUGUGGAGAUACCCAUACCACACUACUUCAUCUCUGAGAACUCCAAAACUCUCAAGGAAAGGGACAAAAUGCUCGGCACCAUUCUAGCCCAGAUGGGACCCCAAGACUCCUCUGAGCCCAAGGAUGAGUCUACCAUGACCUCAGAGGAAGCUGUACGACUGAUACAGAUUCAUGAGAGAGCUCGUCAAGGUCGCCUGAGGGCAAAGUUCAUGAAGGAGAUUAGACUACAGGAGGAGAGAGAGAGGCAGGCCCAGUUGAGGGGACCACCAAAGAUAGACCCUGGUGUAGCAGCCACUAGACUACAGAAGAUGUGGAAGGGUUAUGCACAACGCAAGAAGGUGGCACAGAUGAGGAAGGAUGAGCUGGUGUUCAUUGGAAUGGUCCCUAACUCACAGCCAGUGUCUCAGAAGAACUCAGCCAUCAAUCUAGCCAAGAAAACAGAGGAGAAACGUCGUCUGACUCAGGAGCAGUACGAGAAGGAAUAUCAAGAGGCCCUGGUGAGCAUCAAGGAUAAGCUGGGUGAGACUGAGGGUCCAGACAUGAAGGAGCAGAUGCAGGACCAGAUAAGACAGUGGUUCAUUGAAACAAGAGAUGCUACUGGCAAGUUCCCUGACUUCCCUAGUGUGGAUGAUGGUGGCUCUGUGGCCAUCUUCAAGAAGAGAGAGGAACUGAGUGUUGAUGCUGAAGAGAAGGGCGGUAAGGGAAAGAAAGGCAAAAAAGGGAAAAAGAAAGGAAAGGACAAAAAGGAGAAGAAAGGAAAAAAAAAAGGAAAGAAAGGGAAAGGCAAAGGCGAUGAGGAGGACGAAGGUAUUAAAAUGGCUCCCUCCAACUUCGUGCCCACUAUAGUGGAGCAGAACAUCCACUACGCCAGUACAUGGCAGGGCAGGGAUGAAACUGGCAACCCAACACAGAAACAUGAUGUGGAGCUCAUCAAAGAUGUUAAACGUGUUGAGGUGGAGGAGGAGAUCAGAGUGACUGUAGACCAGCUCAUGAGAGAAGAGCUCAAGAACCUUAAACUAGCUAUUGAGAAAGACAAGGGAAAGAAAGGCAAGGGAAAGAAGAAAGGAAAGAAGAAAGGAAAGAAAGGAAAGAAGGGCAAGAAAGGAAAGAAAGGAAAGAAAGAGAAAGACCUCACUCCAGACAGGACUAUUGAGUCUCUAUAUGAGGAGCUGGCUAGGGAGGGUAUCAUUGUGAGAUGCCCUAAAGUGAGGCUCUCUGAGUUCAUGGGAGAUUACAGUUAUCUAGGCAGCUCACUGCGUCAGAUGGGCCUAGAGCCGAUGCCAUCACUGGCAGACAUACGCAGAGUGGUUACCGAGCAUUGCAUCCUACCACUAGGGUCUCAAGCUGUCCAUGAGAAGGCCCCCCACAUCAAGUCAGUCAUGAUUGCUGGUCCCAGAGGUGUGGGCAAGAAGAUGCUAGUACACAGCAUAUGCACUGAGGCUGGCGCACACAUGUUUGACCUGACCCCGGGUAACAUUGCUCUCAAAUACCCUGGCAAGGCUGGCCUUAAUAUGCUGCUACACAUGGUCUUCAAGGUGGCUAAAGCAUGGCAGCCAUCAGUCGUGUACAUUGGAGACUGUGAAAGAACUUGGAUGAAGAAAGUACCUAAAACAGACAAGGUACACACACAACAUAACGUCUGUACUGUGUUCUCAUUACAACUGUUGCAGGCUGAUCCUAAGCGUGUUAAGAAAGCACUGCCCAAGAUCAUCAAAACCAUGAAGGCUGAGGACAGGGUUAUGGUCAUUGGGGUCACCAAAUUUCCCUUUGAUGCUGAGGUGAAGGGAUUGUGUGGUAUCUAUCAUCGUGUUCUUCUAGUCCCGCGACCAGACUAUGCAUCAAGAGUUAUACUCUGGAAGCAGUUUAUUGUGCGAGAGACGUCCCUCAUAACUGAGCUGGACUUCAGCUCCCUAGCCAAGGUGACGGAUGGCUACACACCUGGUCAUAUCCGCACUGCAGUCGCCACUGUGCUCACUGAGAGGAGAAUACAACAGCUUCGCAAGAGACCACUCUCAGCUGUGGAGUUUGUAGCCCCUCUCUCCAAGAUAGACCCCAUCUAUAAGGAGGAGGAGGAAGCCUACAAGGUUUGGUGGGCAAAGACUCCACUGGGUAAGAAGAGAGCCAAGGCAGCGAAAGGAGACGAUGAUGAUGGAGGCGGCAAGAAAGGAAAGAAAGGAAAGGGGAAAAAAGGAAAAAAGAAGAAAUAAAAACAAUAAUUAUUAUACUUCAGCCAUAAACACAUAACAUUGUUUUAUCCCAAGCAUUCUUUACGAUUACAACCGAUUGUGGAAAUUGAAAAAGCAUUUUUAACAUUCUUACAUACAA